GGGGGGGCGGCGGUGCCGCGGCGGCGGCGGCGGCGAUGGCGGCGGAGCGGCGGCCGGUGCCCGGCCUGGACGAGUUCGCGGGGCAGAGCUGGAGCGCCUGGCUGGAGCGGGCCGGGCCGCCCGCCGACACCGGAGCAGGAAUGCCAGGAGCACCCCUGUGUGGGAGCACCGGGACCGUCCGUGUGCCAGCCACUGACAGGAUUUUGUCUCUGGCAGGAUCAGGGUCAGAGCUGGAGGAGAAUGGCAAGAGUGGCAGCAAGAAACUGGACACCAUGACCCUGAUUAAGGAAGACAUGGACAUCUUCGGGCACUGCCCUGCGCACGACGAGUUCUACCUGGUGGUGUGCAACCACUGCAGCCAGGUGGUGAAGCCCCAGGCCUUCCAGAAGCACUGUGAACGCCGCCAUGGCCCCCUCAGCAAGCUCUAUGCCCGUGCCACCGCGUGCCACGUCGCCGUGAACGGGCAGCCGGUGCCUGGCAGGACGCCCGGGGCAGCCAAAGCCCUGCAGGAGAAGCUCCCUGGUGCCCGUGGCAGAGCCCAGCCCCUCCCUGAGCACACGGACAAGGACAACAACCUCUGCUUGUUUGUGCCCGUGGUGAACCUGGAGAAGAUUCCCAGCAUUCCCAAACCGGACGGGCACGGGAUCAAGGUGCCCCCCAAAGCCGUCCCCACCAACUCCAAGGAAUCCCUGGGGAAACCCGCGGCUGCCGCGGUGCCCAAAGAGCCCCCGGUGCCCGCCGGGGUCGGGGGGGAUUCCGCCAUGCCGGAGAGCGUCCCUGCUCCGGGGGACAAGGAUGUGGGGGCCCCCAAAGCGCCCCCCAGGUCCCACAGGAAGCUGGCGCGUAAGGAGUGUGACCUGAACCGGCAGUGUGGGGUGCGGAACCCCGACACCAACAAGCUCUGCACCCGCCUGCUGACCUGCAAGAUCCACUCGGUGCACCAGCGCCGGGAGGUGCAGGGCCGGGCCAAGGACUUCGACGUGCUGGUGGCCGAGCUCAAGGCCAGCACCCGCCGAGGGGACCCCCCGAAAGACAGGAGCCCCCCUGAGAAGGACCCACUGCACCCUGCCCUGCAGGACACCCCCUCACUGCUGCAGCCCCCCAGUACCCCUCCCUGCCGAGCCAGGCUGUCCCACUGCUUGCACCCCCCCAGGGCCCGCCUUUCCUCUGCCAGUGACCCUGAGGAUGCUCCUGCCACCUCUGGGGAGGGGGGCACGGGAGGCCUCCCCCUCCCCCUGCCCAAGGGGGGCAGCCGCGUGUCCAGCGAGGAGAGCGAGGAGGAGGGGGGCGAGGAGCCCCCCCGGACCCCAGCGCGCCCACCACGGCCUCAGGCGUUCUGCACCUUCGGGAGCCGCCUGGUGACCCCGGGCUGUUACGUGUUCGACCGACGGCUGGACCGGUUCUGCGCCGCGCUGGGCUCCAUGCUGGAGCAGCACCUCAGCGCACACAGGUGGAGGAAGAUCCCUCCAGCCGUCGUCCCCCCUCUUCACCUCCCCGCAGCCCCCCCCCAGCCCCGCUGCCCCCCUGUACGGCCCUGCAGCCCCCUCCCCGCCCCUGCGGCCCCUCCCGGCGGCGGGGGGCUGCCGGCUGCCCACCAGCCUCACCUACACCGUGGGGUCGCCCCCGGCGGCGGCCGCCUGCAGCCAGCCCGAGUGCGGGGGAGGGGGCACGCAGUCCAUCACCUCCCCCCUGCCCGCCAACACCCCCUCGCCCUCCUUCAGCAAACUGCCCCCCAGCAAGGCCAGCAGAUCCCCCCGGGCACGGGAGGCGGGCACGGACACGGAGCCCCGGCCCUGGCAGCCCCCCGCCACGGCCGGCAGCCCCCCCUACAAACGGACCUGUUUGGGGGACGGCGCCAAGGGCAAAAAUCAGGGCUUGGCUCCCCCCGGCAAGACGAAACUCGCCCCGCCGGCUUCGCCCUCCAUCGCCAUCCUCAACGGGACCGCGCGGGUGCGCCGGCCGCCCCCCGGCCAGCCCUGCCGUGCCCCCCCCGCUGCCCUGGACCCCCAAACGCCGCCGCUGCACGGGCUGGGGCUGGGGGGGCCCCCCCGGGGGCUCUCCGAGGAUGAGGUGAAGAAGCGCAAGAACGCGGCCACCUACUGCCGAGCCCUGAAGGCCAAAGCGCCCGCCCUGCCCGCGCCCCCCCGGCCCCCCCGGCCCCGGCAGCUCCGGCUCGGGGGGCUCCAUCCGCAGGAAGAAGCCGGGGACGCCCCUGGGC